AUGAUAUCUCCUGCGAAAUUCUUUAUAUGGAACUUGAUACUUUAUUCCUGGCAAUAUCCUAACAACGUAACUGAAUUGGGCACAUCAUGGCAUAAUGGAACUACUCAGAAUGGUCCAUUAAAUAUAGGAAUUGGUCGAUCACUAAUGGGUGAAACUAAAAUACAAAAACCACCACCAUCACCACAAAAGAAUAAAUUACUUGCUAGUCCUAAGGGAGGUCCUCCUGUAAAUGCCGCGUCGGAUAGGAAGUCUGGAACGUCAAAUUCGAAGACUAAAUCAGAAGGGUCACAAUGCACAAAGAACAAUGCAAUGAAUGAAAAAAUGGAAGCCGGAACCAAAGAAUUGGACAAUAAAUUGUCAUAUCCUAUUAGUAAAAAUAAAAAGUGGAUCCUCUUCGCAUUGUCCAUUAUAGUUUUUUAUCCAGCAGCUCUGUAUUGCUUAGUCUUGUUCGUCAAAACUUAUAAUAGCUUACCACCAUAUUCCUGGACUACAUGUUACAUUACAGUUCCCAUAUUUAUAAUAUGUAUCAUAUUAAGCGUGAUCGUUGGAACGUACUACCCUUUGAAAAGGGGGUUGUAA